CGGCAGGUCAGGUGACCAGCGCUGGAGCAGCUGUGCAGCCUCGCAGUCGUUCUCCAUCACACAUUACACACUGAAAAGGCAUUCGCGUCUAAGAGGAGCGGAAGACAAACCAGCAAAACCGCAGAAUAAACCCCAACACACUCAGUGGACGUGUUGCCACAGGGAAUAGCCUAGACAUGGGCGACCAUACGGCACUUUUGCUGUUGAUGGUAGCAACCUUGACGUUUGCAAUCGAGGUGCCAUCAGAUGAGUCUGUGGGUUUGCUGGCGGAGCCCCAGGUGGCCAUGUUCUGUGGGAAGCUCAACAUGCACAUGAACGUGCAGACUGGCAAGUGGGAGCCCGACCCCAGCGGAACCAAGAGCUGCAUCGGCACCAAAGAGGGCAUCCUGCAGUACUGCCAGGAGGUCUACCCCGACCUGCAGAUUACCAACGUGGUGGAGGCCAACCAGCCGGCCAGCAUUGAGAACUGGUGCCGCAAGGGCCGCAGGCAGUGCCGUGGCCACGUGGUUAUUGUGGUGCCCUACCGUUGUCUAGCUGGAGAGUUUGUAAGCGACGCACUCCUGGUCCCGGAUAUGUGCAAGUUCCUGCACCAGGAGCGUAUGGACAUGUGUGAGAGCCAUCUGCACUGGCACACUGUGGCCAAGGAGUCCUGUGUCGACCGUUCCAUGAAUCUCCAUGACUACGGGAUGCUGUUGCCAUGCGGCAUUGACCGUUUCCGUGGCGUGGAGUUUGUGUGCUGCCCACUGGAGUCCCAGCGCAACUCGGACAGCGAGGAGCCCGAUGACGCCGACUCUGUGGUGUGGUGGGGAGCUGAGGAGUACACAGACAAUACUGAUGAGAGCAUGCCCCGUGAACAGGCGCCUGUAGAACAGCAGCAGGAAGAGGAGGAGGAAGAAGAGGAGGGUGAGCCAGCUUUGGUGGAGGAGGAAGAGGAGGAGGAGGAAGAUGACGACAUCAUGGACGAGGAAGACGAGGAGGAGUCCUGGGACAACGAUGAGGACGGCGACGGAGUGGAGGACGAGGAUGAGGACGACGAUGACGAAGACGAUGCCACAGAUGAACGCGACACCAGCGAGCAGACCUCCAUUGCCAUGACAACCACCACCACGACCACCACCACUGAAUCUGUGGAGGAAGUUGUGCGAGAGGUGUGCUGGGCUCCGGCUGACAGGGGUGCGUGUUCGAACAAGCUGAAGCGCUGGUACUUCAUUGCGGAGACGGGCCGUUGUGCGCAGUUCAUCUUCGGCGGCUGCGGCGGCAACCGCAACAACUUUGAGUCGGAGGAGUACUGCAUGUCCGUCUGCAGCAGCAGCCUGCUUCCCACCAUGGCCCCAGCCCCCCCCAACGCGGUGGACCGCUACCUUGAGGCGCCUGGCGAUGUGAACGAGCACGCCCACUUCCAGAAGGCUAAGGAGAGCCUGGAGGCCAAACACCGCGAGCGGAUGAGUCAGGUGAUGAGGGAAUGGGAGGAGGCUGAGAGGCAGGCCAAGAACCUAACUCGCGCAAGCAAAAAGGCCGUCAUCCAGCGUUUCCAGAUGAAGGUGGAGGCCCUGGAGCAGGAGGCAGCCAGCGAGCGCCAGCAGCUGGUGGAGACGCACAUGGCCCGCGUGGAGGCGCUGCUCAAUGACCGCCGCCGCCUGGCCCUGGAAAGCUACUUGACCGCCCUGCAGGCUGACUCCCCCAGGCCCCGUCAGGUGUUCACCCUGCUGAAGAAGUACGUGCGCGCGGAGCAGAAGGACAGACAACACACCCUGAAGCACUUUGAGCAUGUGCGCAUGGUGGACCCCAAGAAAGCUGCCCAGAUCCGACCUCAGGUGCUGUUCCAUCUGCGUGUCAUUGAGGAGCGCAUGAACCAGUCUCUGGGCUUCCUCUACAAGGUGCCCAGGGUGGCCAGUGAGAUCCAAGACCAAGUGGCGCUGCUGAUGCAGAGGGACCAGUCGGAGGUGACCCAGCAGGUGUCAUCCCUGCAGACGGAGAAGCGUGUUAGCUACGGCAACGAUGCCCUAAUGCCUGACGCCCAGAUUGACAGUACCACCGCGCUGGACGAGCUGCCCCCCGAGCAGGACGGCCUGGGCUUCAUCCACCCCGAGAGCUUCAACCAGGCCAACACCGAGAACCACGUUGAACCUGUUGAUGCCCGCCCCAUUCCCGAUAGGGGACUUCCCACUCGACCUGUGUCUGGUCUGAAGCCGGAGGAGAUGCCUGAGGUCCGCAUAGACACAGAGGACAGACAUGGCGUCGGCUAUGAAGUACAUCACCAGAAACUGGUGUUCUUCGCUGAGGAUGUGGGCUCCAAAAAGGGAGCCAUCAUUGGGCUGAUGGUUGGUGGUGUUGUCAUAGCAACUGUCAUCGUCAUCACUUUGGUUAUGCUGAGGAAGAAGCAAUACACCUCCAUCCACCAUGGAGUCAUAGAGGUGGAUGCUGCCAUCACUCCAGAAGAGCGCCACCUCACCAAGAUGCAGCAGAACGGCUAUGAGAACCCCACCUACAAGUACUUUGAGCAGCUGCAGAAUUAAGCCCCCGCCUGCCUGCCGGCUCCCCAAGCUUUACACAUGAAACCGCACGCGCACAUAGCAGCCCCCGUACCCUCUCCAGUGCUCCACACUCCUCAGACCUCCCCCAUGCGCCCCCACCUCCCCCGCCACCCUCAGACCCUCCCCAGGGGCACCCCCACAG